AUGAACCGCUUCAUGCCCAUAAACACCAGCACUACCCCGUCCAUCUACGAGACUCUGCGCCAGUACGACGAUGACGGCGACUCAGAUGGCUCCGACGUCGAGAACCGCGCCGGCAUGGCGGUCGACGAAGAGAACCUGGUCGGCCAGCAGUACACCGACUACGAGCUGGAAGACGCCCUUGCGCAGGCCUCGGAUAGCCAGUCCAGACAGAGCAGCCCCUUUUCGCGUCGGUCAGCGCCUAGGAAUAAUGUAAACGUAACCUCGGCUUUUCAUGCUGGUCGUGCUCGCGCUGGUUCUCGUGCUGGUGCUGGUGCUGGUGCUGGUGGUAGUGCCGGUGGAGCAGAAGAUACAGAGGCCGACGAUGAAGUGCCCGCCUCCUUGCUGGUGGAAGGACAUGCGGUGCCGAGCUCCCCUUUGCCUCCUCCGCCCAUGCAUCCGUUAAGGUCGAGUGGGAUAGGCGAACAUUCACUGCAUCUACGUGGACCAUCCUCUGCUUCUCCCUCUGGCCAGGCCCGGAACAACAACAGAUGGGAGACCACGGCCCCGAGAAUAGCUGAGCAGGAAGGCCCGCCGCGUGUCUGGGGCGUGAAGCAGAAUGCUGCCCUGCGUCUGGCUGAUCCCAGAGAGAAGGCCCUGUGGAGGUGGGCGAACGUGGAGAAUCUGGAUAACUUCUUGCAGGAAGUGUAUGAUUAUUUCCUUGGGAACGGCAUCUGGAGCAUCAUGCUAAGCAGAGCCCUCAACUUGAUCAAGACCAUGUCCCAGAUUCUCAUACCCGGGUGCGUGCGCAAGAUGUCUGCCUUUUCUACCUUCUUGCUCUGGCUCUUCACCAUAUUCUGGAUCGGCAAGGUAUUCCAGUACGCCGUCGACUUCCGUCGCCUUCGACACAUGCAAGACUUCUAUCAGUACCUUCUCGGCAUCCCGGAUGCCGAUGUCCAAACAGUCUCCUGGCAGCAAGUCGUCAGCCGUCUCAUGGCCCUCAGAGACUCCAACCCUUCAACCGCCGCCGCCGUGUCUCCCAAACACCGCAAGUUCCUAGGCAGCCAGUCCAAACAGCGCAUGGAUGCACACGAUAUCGCCAACCGCCUCAUGAGACGGGAAAACUACCUCAUUGCCCUCUUCAACAAAGAUAUCCUCGACCUCACCUUACCAGUCCCCUUUCUCCGCAAACGCCAGCUCUUCUCCCGCACUCUAGAAUGGAACCUGAACCUCUGCGUGCUAGACUACGCAUUCAACCAGCAGGGCCAGCUCAGACCCCUUUUCCUGAAAGAUACCCACCGCAAGGCUCUAAGCGACGGCCUUCGACGCCGCUUCAUCCUUGCGGGAUUCAUGAACAUCUUCAUGGCCCCCUUUAUCGUCACCUACUUCCUCAUGCACUACUUCUUCCGCUACUUCAGCGAAUACCAGAAGAACCCGUCCCAGAUCGGGUCACGACAGUACACCCCGCUCGCCGAGUGGAAGUUCCGCGAGUUCAACGAACUCUGGCAUCUAUUCGAACGCCGCACCAACAUGUCCCGACUCGCGGCAGACGAGUACAUCGCCCAAUUCCCCAAGGACAAAACAGUCCAGUUCGCUCGCUUUGUGGCCUUCAUAGCCAGCGCACUUGCCUCUGUCCUUGCACUCGCAACUAUCAUCGAUCCGGAACUUUUUCUCGGAUUCGAAAUCACACACGAUAGAACGGCGCUGUUCUAUCUCGGUAUCUUUGGCUCCGUCUGGGCCGUAGCUCAGGGCGUCAUACCAGCGGAAAACCUGGUGUUUGAUCCUGAACUCGCCAUCCGCAGAGUCAUCGAAUAUACGCAUUACCAGCCUAGCCAUUGGCAAGGUAGGCUGCAUAGCGACGAGAUCAAGAAAGAGUUCUCGCUUCUCUACCAGAUGAAGCUGGUUAUCUUCCUCGAGGAAAUACUCAGCACGAUCUUCACGCCCUUUGUCCUCUGGUUCAGCCUGCCGAAGUGCAGUGAUCGCCUGAUCGACUUCUUCCGCGAAUUCACCGUCCAUGUCGAUGGACUAGGAUACGUUUGUUCAUUUGCUGUUUUCGACUUCAAGAAAGGCAACAAUAUCAUUCCACAGGGCCGCGAUGCAAGUGGUGCUACUAUUCCUGCUACAGGCGCCGCUGGUCCUAGUUCUGGCGGCGGUGCUCCUGUCGGACGGAACGACUAUUACUCUACCCAGGACGGCAAGAUGCUAGCAUCCUACUAUGGCUUCCUAGACCAUUAUUCAACCAAUCCUACAGCUGGUGGGACACACGCGUACAUGAUGCAUCGACGACAGAACCCGCAGCCCAGGAUGAAUAGCGGAGACACAGGCACCAACCCGUAUGACCGCGGGCCACAGCGCUCAAUCCAUCACAACCUGGGCAUGGCCAGUCUUCACUCUCCUCCCCACGACCCAGUCAUGGCACGGCCGAUCUCACCAUUAGCGUCGGUUCUCCUAGACUCUCAUCACCAGCCGCCGCCGCCGCCGCCCAUCGCAGGAUUCAAGAACGUAAACCGUUUUCCAGGUCCCUCUCCACGAACCAGACCUACUCGCCAGCCCAACCUCAUGAGAGGCGCCAUCCCAGAGCCCAUCGAGUCCCAGACCCGGUCCCAGUCCCAGUCUCAGGUAGCGACUCCCCGACUAACCGCCCGCGGAUCCAGCAAGACUGCCUCAAGCUCCAGACUGGCAGUAGACGACAGCCACUUCGAGGAAUCAUGGCGUAUGAACCAGGCCGCUGAGGUCGAAGGCGAGGACAGGGAGGAGGAUGAAGAAGAUAUCAACGAGGUUGUCGAGGGCGCCGGCGUGUUAGGUCUGAUCCAGCAGUUCCAGAUGACAGGAAACGAGGGCCGGAGGACAGUAGGAAUGUGA